AUGAAUUACAAUGCUAAUCCUCGUUUCCAUCUACAAGGAUAUCGAAACACAUUGGACCACAUGCAAGAAAAAGAUUUUAUAUGGAGGUCGUACAUUCAAUACCCGAUGCCCAAUCUUAGAGAUAGACAGAUCUGGAGUGCUACAACUUCUCUUAUUUGUUUCUAUACCGUUGAAAUGCAUCAAACAAAUAGGGUAAAACUCCAGUAUGGAUUUGAACAACAAAUCCCUUCCUCGCUAAGGUGUCUAAAGGAACACCACACAAUGACAAUGAGAAAAGCCCAAAAAGUUCAUUGGCGAGACUUAAACAAAGAGGAUGUGAGAGAAUAG